AUGGAUUUGUUUACUUACAAUCAAGAAAAAUACGUUGUGAAAGUGGAUUUUUAUUCCUUCUUCUUCGAAGUCAAAAAGUUGAGAACCACACCUGCAAGUACCAUCAUCAAGUUUUGUAGGACGACAUUCGCAACACAUGGCCUGCCAAUUGCCUUGAUUACCGAUAAUGGUCCACCGUUUUCCGGCACAGAAUUCAACGACUCCUUAACCAGAAUGCAAGUGAAACACGUCUACUCCAGCCCAUACCACCCAAGAUCAAAUGGGAUGGCCGAAAGAGCGGUGCGCCAAGCAAAACAACUUCUGCGGAAGACAAAAACUGAGGACGAAUUUUCCUACGCAAUCCUGGAGUGGAGGAACACUCCAAGAGAUAGCAUUCUCAAGUCACCGACAGAGCGACUCAUGAGUAGAACGGCAAGGACUCUGCUUCCCACGAGUGCAAAGCAAUUAGAACCGCGAGUCGUUCCACCCACAGCUGUAAAAAGAAGACUGGAAGAAAUACGAAGACAGCAAAAGUUCUUCUACGAUCGAUCCUCCAAGAGCACACCGGAUCUUGAAAGAAACUCCAACGUCGCACUCUACGACACCUUCAGCAAGACGCGGGCGCCAGCAGUUGUUGUAGCAAAGCCAAAACACCGAGAUCGUACAUUGUACAGUCGCGUGAAAAGUAUUGUAUUGGCACCCGAGAACACCUUCGAGAAGCGAGAACAUCCAUAG